AUGGGUGAGAGAGGAGAAUUGUUGAGGUAUAAGCACGUUUCGAUACGAAAUAACGCAGAAUCGGUGGCGUUGUAUAAUGCAGAGGGAUUCGAGGCAGAGCAAUGCCGCAGUCUAUUUAAUGAGCUGUUGAGGAGGCAGAUGGCAUUCAUGAAUUGGAAGUUGCCGAAUUUGUGUGGGUUAUUUGUUUUUUGGCAACAACUAUUCGACUAUUACGGUGCCAUAUUAACGUAUUCAAUUCAGUACAUACCAAUAUUCAUAUUGCACUCUUACGAUGACAAGAAACCCGAUGAAUUGGGCAAAAUCAUUAGUAAUAAUGCAUUCUUCUACAUAAUGUUAGUGAACAGUUUCACGCGUCUGAUUGAUGUGGCAUUGAAUUUCGGUGAAAUGGCUGGAAUUUUGCAGCGUGUCGCCGAAAUCGAGAAAGCAGCAGAGAGUAAUGCAAAUUCAUCCGUUGAGCGCGAAGAAGGCGGUGACGAGGUGAGCACCGAAACACAGACAGUGUGUGUAGCGGAGGGGAGUUCGGUGCUGAAUUUGGAUGAGUGCGAUAUAUUGAUGGAGAUGAACGGGGUGACGUAUGGGGUGGCGAGUGAUCUGGAUUGCGUGCUGAUCAGAGGGGUGGGUGAUUUGGAUUGGGUGUUGAUUAGAGGUGAGUGA